AUGGGGGGGCACGGAGGGUUGAACAUUCUUCCGCAGAAGCGGUGGAACGUGUACAAUUACGAGAACCGGGAGAAGGUGCGCAAGGACGAGGCGGAGGAGGCUGCGCGCGAGCAGGCGCUGGCGGAAGAGCAGCGCCUCCGCGACAGCGAGUUGCGCCUUCAGACGCUCCGCGCGCGCGCGCGGCAGCAGCACCUUCCGCUUCCCCAGCAGCAGGCGGCGGCGGAGGAGCGUCUGCUUCCCCCGCAGGACCAAGCGGCGCAACCGUCGGCGGCAGAACAUCAUGCAGUGGUGGAUGCGGACUCGUCCCGUUUGACCAAAUCACUCGCUACAAGCAUAGGCGACUCUGUUCCGCAAGCGGGCGCGCUCAAAGCGGGUCACAUAAACCUCUUCGAAGGCUUAGACUCGGCUGAUUUCUUCGCGCUAGCGUGCGGUGCAGGCGCGCAGGCGAGCGACGCGGUGAGGCCCGGUCGCGCGCAGGAGGUGUGGGAGAAGGAGCACAAGGCGGGGGAAGAGGAAAAGCAUAGAUUAGGGUACGGAGCGGUGGGGAAGGGUGGGCAGCAGCCGUGGUAUGCCCGAGCGGGUGACUUGACAGAGGAGGAUGGGGAAGGAAGGGCGGGGAAGAUUAAGGGGGAUGCAGGAAGCAGGGCAGUGGGAAAGAGAAGACCCGUGGAAGCAGCAGAGGCGAAAACAGACUCACAAAGAGUGACUUUUCAGGCGCCUCAAAAGUUGGACUCAGAAAGAGUAAAUGUUGGACCUGGGAAAGAAAUUCACCCUGCAAAAGACGAAGUUAGAGACGACAAUGGUGAUGACGAUGAGGACAUGUCUAGUCCGAGGCACAAGAAGAAGCGGAAGCACCGAAAGAGGCGGUCUGCUUCGCAAGACUCUUCCUCCUCCACUUCACUUGCAAGCAGCGACGAUGACGAUGAUAACCACCGCCGCCGCCACCGCAGUUCAAGGAAACACCGUAAGCGGCAGCGCGUCAAAGCGAAAAUUUCCUCCGCUGAUCGGUCUUCCCCUGAGAGUCCUUCUUCCUCCUCGGACAGCGACAGUGAUCUUGGAGCGAGAAAGAAGCAGAGGAGCAGGCGGCGGUCUGACUCGCCAGACUCCUCUUCCUCUUCAUCCCUUGCAAGCAGCGACGAUGAUGAUAACCGGCACCACCACCGCCGUUCCAGCAAGCACCUUAAGAAGCAUCACGUCAAAAAGCGAUUUUCCUCCGCUGAUCGCUCUCCCUCCGAGAGUCCAUCUUCCUCCUCCUCGGACAGUGACAGUGAUCGUCGAGUGGGGAGAAGGCAGGGGAGCAGGCACAGGCGCAGCGGCAGGGAUAGAUCCAUGGAGAGGGGUGUUCAGCGUCAACGCAAGGAGCAUGUCGUGAGGGAGAGGCAGGGGAGGGAGACACGCAGGGGGCUAGGAGCAACAAGGGGGAGGAAGGCCAGAAAUGAAAAAGGGACAGAGAGAAGGAAGCGGAAGGAGGGCGGAGCUACAGAAGAAGGGAUGAGGUGUGACUUGAAGGGUGCUGCUGCGGAGCAUGGGAAGAAGAGCAUAGAGGCUUUAAGAGCGGAAAGGGUGGCAAGGGAGGCAAGGGAGAGGGAACGAGCGCAGAUGCUGUUGCUCCAGCACCACCAGACAACAGGAAGGAGAGGAUUGGGAGGGGUUGUAGGUUCUGGAGCAGCAGGGAACACGUCUGGGGUGAUUGAGCUGGGAGCUACGGAAGAUAAUUAG